GGGCAACGGAUGGAUUUAUUAUGAUGGGAAUACGAAAAGCUGGCUCUCUGCUCGUAGAAUAGGACAGAUAGAAUAGAAGAUGGCCCUCAUCCGCCCAACUAAUUCUUCCCGCAGGCAUUGCAAUGUCCAACUCUGCUUUCAGCCACAUGGCCUUCUUCGGCUCUGUUACUGAUCUUUAAAAUUAAUGUUCCCUUCGGCAUAAUUGCUCUUCUUCCCCUUCAAUGGCUGCCAUUUAUUAUUAGUGAAGAACAGUUGUGAAGAUUGCUUGAGAUAUAUCUUAUUGGUUCCAUGGUUUCCCCACACCAAGUCCAGUUAGUAGUGUAAAGAAGAAGGUUGGCAGGUCAUGAGGACAUAUAAAUUGGUCAGCAAUGGAGUUGUAGCGGGAUAGAAAGGAAAUAGUGUGGAGAUUCCCGGAGCUUUCAUGAGCUAUGGGAAAGGCAAGCAAGUGGUUCCGGAGCUUGUUGAUAGGGAAGAAGGAGAAGGAGAAGGAGAAGGAGAAGGAUGGAGAUUCGAUGAUGAUUGGAUUGGCGGCGGAGAACAGAUCGGCUGUUGUAGCGGUUCCACUCGCAAAGGAGAAGAGAAGGUGGAGCUUCCGGAGAUCAGUGGGAUCCGUGAAGGGCUCGAAUUCUGCAGAGGCGAGAGUAAACGUACCUCGCCAUGGGUUGUUUGAGUCCGAGAUUGAACAGAAGAGACAAGCGAUGGUUGUGCGGGCCACCGCAGCAGCUGCAGAUGCUGCGGUGGCUGCAGCUCAGGCUGCGGCAGCUGUGGUGCGUCUCACUGCGGCUGCAAAUGGGAGAACGACGAGAGCCAUUGAGGAGGCUGCUGCGAUCAGAAUUCAGUCUGUUUUCCGAUCUUACCUGGCAAGGAAAGCUUUAUGCGCAUUGAAAGGAUUAGUAAAAUUGCAGGCAUUGGUGAGAGGGCAUUUGGUCAGAAAACAGGCUUCUGCAACCCUCCGAUGCAUGCAGGCACUGGCUAAUGCUCAGGCUCGAGCUCGCGCAAAAAGGAUUGGGAUGGUUGAGGAGUCCCAAAAGCAGCAUAAUUACAGGAGAUCACCACAGAAAUCUCGUUUCCGACAAUCGUUUGAACUGAAUAGCAACGAUGAAGAAUACAUCAAAAUCGUAGAGAUGGAUCUUGGGGAGACGAGAAGCAAUUCAAAAGGCAGAAGCAGUUAUUCCAUGGCACAAACUGAGAAAUUCGACCAGAGCUUUUCUACAUACAAUAGAGCUGCCUGCACACCUUACAAGGAUGAUCUCCCACCACAGUUCUCACCUGCUCCAUCAACCCUAACAGAGACGAAUCCCGUGAGCCCCAGAGCCUACAGUGGCCAUUUUGAAGAAUUCUCCUUUGCUGCAGCUCAAAGCAGUCCACACCUAUCUGCCAUGUCCAUGCCCACACAUCCUUCUUUUGACAAUCCCCUAUGUCCCAAUUACAUGGCUAAUACAGAGUCUUCCAGGGCUAAGGUACGAUCACAAAGCGCACCAAGACCAAGAAUUGAGACUUAUGAGAGGCAAUCAAGCAAGAAAAGAAUGUCGCUGGAGGGAAGAACUAUUCCAAGGGAUAUUAGAAUGCAAAGAUCUUCUUCUCACGUUGGUUUGACAUCCAAUAGUUAUCAAUAUCCGUGGUCCAUCAAGCUUGAUAAGUCCAACAUGUCCCUCAACGAGAGUGAAUGUGGUUCAACAAGUACUUUACUCACAAAUACCAAUUACUGCAGAUCUAUAGUGGGGUAUGAGGUCGAUGGGAGUAAUUACUGACACUUUAUAGCUUUUGAUCAUGCAGUCCUAUAUCUGCACGUCUAUGUAUGUACGAGUGACUGUCAUUG